GUCUAGCUUCAAUCAACUCAUGAUUUCAACUGUGAAAAAGUAAGUUUUGUUUGAUCAUGAACCUAUCAUCUUCAUAUUUUUUCUUUUUUCAACCAUUGAUUAUCUUGUACAGGAAAAAUAACGAUUUCACACAAAUUGUAAUCAUACAUGGGAAAUUACCAAACAAAAUGUGAACUAACUAAAAGGGCGCUGUAUCACAUACUAUCUUCCUGUUUGAUAAUAUUUGCGAGUCUCACAUUUAUUAUUUUACAGACAGUAUUUUCGUACUGUAUUCCUGUAGGAUCAGAUAUGGCUUGGCCUUCAGUUCUAAUUCCAUUUGGUUAUAUUCCUGCAGGUCUAUUAUUUCUGACAGCUGGUGCAACUUUAGCCGCUGGAUUAACAAAUUCAGAACUCUGGCAAGCAACCAGUGUUGUGUGCUGUAUACUUCCACUGAUAACCACUAUUGCUAUAGCAUGCACUACAUUACAACAAUAUGUACAUACUUUUCCAAAAAAUUCAAGUAUUUUGAUUAUGGGAGUGAUUAGUUGUUUGACUACACUUUUGUGUUUCAUUCAUGCUAUUCUAAUAUGCGUUAGUCAAUAUUUUUAUCCUUCACCAUAA